AAGCGAAAACAAAAAAAAAUGCCUUAAAACAUUUGAAGAAGCAAAACGAAGAAACAGUGAGAGAGAUAGAAAUGGCGAGCUUAACUAGUAAUAAGCCUAGAAAUUUUGGUGCGUAUAGUCACUACGCUACUCCCUGCACUCGCACGCACCAGAUUGGAGCUCUUUUUCUCGUCGUCUCUACCUUCUUCGUCACUAGGCUUUUCGAUCAGUGGUUCUCGGAAUCCAAUUCCGUUACUCCGGUGAUUGAUCUCCGUCGUACUUCUUCUUCUUACGGAAUCAAAACUGAUAACGGUAUUAUACGGUGGCCGGAGCGAGGUUAUGGGUCUCACCUCUCGCUGAAGAUCUACGUUUAUGAUGAGAAUGAGAUCGACGGUCUUAAAGAGCUGUUGUACGGUAGGGAUGGUAGUGUUAAGACCACCGCAUGCUUGAAAGGUCAAUGGGGAUCUCAGGUUAAAAUUCACAAGUUGCUUUUGGAGUCCAAAUUUAGGACGAUUAAGAAAGAUGAAGCGGAUUUGUUCUUUGUGCCAGCUUAUGUUAAAUGUGUGAGAAUGUUGGGAGGUCUUAAUGACAAGGAGAUCAAUCAGACCUAUGUCAAGGUUUUGAGUCAAAUGCCGUAUUUCCGAAGAUCUGGUGGUCGUGAUCAUAUAUUUGUUUUUCCGAGUGGUGCUGGAGCUCACUUGUUUAGAUCCUGGUCAACAUUUAUCAACCGCUCUAUUAUCCUCACUCCCGAGGCUGACCGGACUGACAAGAAAGACACAACUGCCUUUAAUUCAUGGAAAGAUAUAAUCAUACCAGGAAACGUCGAUGAUGCUAUGACUAAAAAUGGACAACCUGAUGUUCAGCCUUUGCCUCUGUCAAAGAGGAAGUAUUUAGCAAAUUAUUUAGGUCGUGCACAAGGGAAGGCUGGUCGACUUAAAUUGAUUGACCUAUCAAAGCAAUUUCCAGAUAAGCUAGAAUGUCCAGAUUUGAAGUUUAGCGGAACUGAAAAGUUUGGAAGGACAACAUAUUUUGAACAUCUGAGGAAUGCCAAGUUCUGCCUCGCUCCUCGUGGGGAAUCAUCAUGGACACUUCGCUUUUAUGAAUCAUUCUUUGUGGAAUGUGUCCCGGUUCUUUUAUCUGACCACGCCGAGCUGCCUUUCCAGAAUGUUAUCGACUAUGCCCAAGUAUCGAUCAAAUGGCCAUCAACUCGAAUAGGCUCAGAGUUUCUUGAUUACUUAGCUUCAAUAUCAGGUAACAUUAAGUUACUUCAGAACCGCUUUCUCUUCGCCAAUAUCAAUGGAUUUGCUCAGAUUCUUGAGAUUUAAGAACUUCUUCCCGGCUUGUCUUUCAGAUAGAGACAUAGAAGGAAUGAUAGCCCGAGGUCGGAAGAUUAGAUGUUUGUUUGUGUACGGUCCAGAUUCCGCACCCUGCAGUGCGGUUAAAGGGAUUCUAUGGGAGCUUCAACGCAAAGUUAGACAUUUCCAGCAAUCGACUGAGACGUUUUGGCUGCACAAUGGCAGUUUUGUGAAUAGAGAACUGGUCCAGUUCAGUAGCUGGAGACCUCCUAUGCCUCUACCUUGACCGGUUUCAACAUUCCACUAGAAUAUCUUGUGUUUACGAAACAAAAUGAAUGAUACAUUUGAGUACAGUUUUUUUGUGAACUUGAUUUUUUUGUACAUAUCACUCUUCAGUGGAAUUUGUUUGACUAAAA